AGAACCUUUUCGUUGGAGUCAUGGCCGCUUAUAUAUGACAAAUGUGGAGCUGAAGAACUCUCGAGGAUCAGUGGGUGAACGGUUGCUGAGAUGGGCCAUCGGUGCUGUGGGAAACAUAAGGUUAAGAGAGGUCUUUGGUCACCGGAAGAAGACGACAAGCUCAUCAAACAUGUCACCACCCACGGCCAUGGCAGUUGGAGUUCUGUCCCUAAACAUGCAGGGUUGGAGAGGUGCGGAAAGAGUUGCAGGUUGAGAUGGAUAAACUAUUUGAGACCAGAACUAAAGAGAGGCUCCUUUACGUCUGAAGAAGAACAGAUUAUUAUUGAUGUCCACAGAAUUUUAGGCAACAGAUGGGCUCAGAUAGCGAAGCAUCUACCUGGAAGGACAGACAAUGAAGUGAAGAAUUUCUGGAACUCUUGCAUUAAGAAGAAGCUCAUGUCACAAGGUUUGGACCCGCAGACCCAUAACUUGAUCUCUUCUCAUAAAAGGUCAGUAGCUUCUAAUAAGAUUGCAGGCAGUAACGCCAAAUUACAAUCCCACAUCGAUCAAAAGAGACCAGUUUUCACUGUGAACAAUAUGUCACAGAUAAUAGAUUCUUCAACGGAAAUUAAUUACUCUAUUUCACCACCUAUUGUACCAUUUUCCAAUGCUCAACCUCCCACUGUUCAACCCAUAAUGGCCACACCCAUAGAUAAUCAAUAUCUUGUUCACAACCCUAAUUCCGGCUGGACUAGUGUUACCGAUAUUCCAACCUUUCCCGAUAGCACACAGAGCAUCACCUCUGCAUCUUCUUCCUCAGCGUUUGGGCACUUGGAUGGUAGUAAUUGCAUCUGGGCAGCUGGUGCCGAUCCCUUUGAAGCAGCACCAGGAGCAAUGGAGCUGCAGGGAGAGCAGUCAAAAGGACAAGUAGUACAAGUAGAGCAAGAAAAGGAAAAGCUCCUGGAGAUGGAAAUGAAGGCUAUGCAGGACAUGGAUAUUGCUGCUUCGUUUGAUCAGAGUUCAAGCUUUGAUUUUAGCCUUGUGGAGUAUUGCUCUACACUAAUGUCUGGAGUCGUGCCUCAUGAUCAUGUCAACUAUUCUGCCGCUGACUUUACAUGGAACUUUUAGACUCGCUAUAUGUGUGCAUGUAUAUAACCUUGGUUAUCUGUUUUAGCUCACCGGUUUGAAAUCAUGACUUGAUGUUUUUGGAAUAACUUUAUAAACGCUAGCUGUGUGCGCAUGCAUGCGUGAUCGAAUGGCCAGACUUAUUGAGGUGAGCUCAGUAGGUGACUGCUUUAGGCAGCAUUUUUCGAACUUAAAUCCUAAU